AUGAGAAUCCAACACUUAGGCAAUCAUGUGGAUCCUGGCACCCCUACCGGGAGAAAAUCACCGGAGAUUACUACAACUAGUCCACUCGUGAACGGAGAAAAGAGUAAACUCUGGGAUCAGAUUGGAGGACAAGGUGCACUUGCAAGUCCCAUGAGGAGAGAGAUUGGGAACAGAUCUUUGAUGAGGUCCUUCUCUGUUGAUGACGUUGACUUGGAAGAUGUUGAGGCCUCAAAAGAUAGAGAUAGGCCGUCACACUUCCUCAGGCUCCCAAACAUUCAGAAUCAGUCUCUUCUAUCUGGUCUUGCUUACUGUAUAGCAUCCUGCAGCAUGAUUUUGGUUAACAAGUUUGUUUUGUCUGGCUAUGGUUUUAAUGCUGGAAUAUUUCUGAUGCUUUACCAGAACAUUGUAUCGGUGACCAUAGUUUCCACACUGUCCCUCUCCGGUGUUAUCUCAACUGAACCACUAACAUGGAAGUUAAUCAAAGUUUGGUUGCCUGUGAACAUCAUAUUUGUCGGAAUGCUAAUUACAAGCAUGUUUAGUUUGAAGUACAUCAAUGUUGCGAUGUUGACUAUAUUGAAGAAUGUCGCCAAUGUUCUUACUGCUUCUGGGGAAACCUACUUCUUUAAGAAGCAGCAUGAUAGACAAGUUUGGAUUUCUCUAAUGUUGAUGAUAAUCUCAGCCAUUGCAGGAGGAGUAACAGAUCUGUCAUUUCAUGCAGUCGGCUAUACAUGGCAGAUCUUAAACUGUUUUUUAACAGCAUCAUAUUCGCUUACAUUGAGGCAUGUAAUGGAUAGUGCGAAGGAAGCCACCAGAUCUGGGAAUUUGAAUGAGCUUUCGAUGGUUUUACUGAAUAAUAUUCUUUCACUACCAUUGGGAGUUAUCCUCGUGCUUGGUUUUAAUGAAGUGGAGUACCUGUUGGAAACGCCUCUCCUGAGGAUGCCUACGUUUUGGCUAGUCAUCACUGCUAGCGGGGUUUUGGGGCUCGCUAUCAGCUUCACUUCGAUGUGGUUUCUUCGUCAGACAAGCGCAACAACAUAUAGCCUUGUAGGUUCCCUCAACAAGAUCCCACUUUCCAUUGCCGGAAUCCUUCUCUUCAAAGUCCGCACGAGCAUGGAGAAUUCCAUCAGCAUUCUGUUCGGGCUAUUAGCAGGAGUAUUUUUCGCCAGGGCAAAAUUGCGCGAAAACUCCCAGUCGUAG